AUGACAGUGCGGCGGGCACAGGCAUCUCUGGCUCGCGACAGCGCGACACAGGCGUGGCUCGACUCGUGGGAUAUCCCAACCAAGACACGGAUCGGCUCGCUUCUGCUGUCGAUGCUGAUCGAGGCAGCGCGGGUGCCCGAGCAGUACCGCGACGAGAGCACAGACCAGCUCUUGACGCGGCCGGUGCCAGCGUUCACGCACUCGUAUGUGAUGCUGAAGGGUCGCAAGUACGGUGUGGUGGUGCCGCACGGGUCGCUGCGGGAGAUGUUCCGCCAAGACUCGCUCAUCAGCGUUGUCAACGCGCGAUACCUUCCGAUGCUGGUGCCACCGCGGCCAUGGCUGACAUAUAACUCUGGUGGGUACCUGACACAAAACGAGCCGUGCAUGCGCAUGAAGGAGAGCGGUGAGCAGCUGCGGUAUCUGAAGAAGGCAUCGAACGAGGACCGGCUCACGACGCUGCUGGCGGGGCUCGACUCGCUGGGUCUGACCAAGUGGUCGAUCAACAAGCCGGUGUUUGAGGCCGUGCGCAAGGUGUGGAAUUCGGGGCGUGAGAUUGCCGAGAUCCCGCCAAGCACCUACGAUGUGCCGGAGCCGACAAAGCCUGAGGACUACGAAACGAACGCGCAGGCCAAGCUCAAGUACUCUGUCGAGAUGAAGGAAUGGACCAACGGGCGUGCCAACCAGCACUCGCAGCGCUGCGACUGUAACUAUAAAGUCGAGAUUGCCCGGGCGUUCCUGGACCACCCAAUGUACUUCCCGCACAACAUGGACUUCCGCGGACGCGCGUACCCGAUACCGCCGCACUUCAACCACCUGGGCAACGACCUGUGCCGCGGUCUUCUCCUGUUCCACGAGGGCCGCGAGCUGACGGAGCGCGGGAUGUACUGGCUGCGCAUCCAUCUGGCCAACCUGUGCGGCAAGGAUAAGCUGUCGCACCAGGACCGGCUGCAGUUUGUCGAGGACAACCUGGCCAAAAUCAUGGAAUCCGCCGAUGAUCCGGUCCCGGAGGCGUUCCUGCAUGGGGACGAGGGGGUAGAGCGGCCGUGGUGGCUCGAGGCCGAGGAUCCGUGGCAGGCGCUGGCUGCGUGCAUUGAGCUGACCAGUGCGCUGCGGUCGCCGGACCCCGCCAAGUAUGUCAGCCAUCUGCACGUGCACCAGGACGGUACGUGCAACGGUCUGCAGCACUACGCGGCGAUGGGCCGCGACACCAAAGGUGCGCAAGAGGUCAAUCUGGUGCCCAGCGGGAGCCCGCAGGAUGUGUAUUCUGGAAUCCUGCGUGUGGUCGAGCGCCGAGUCAACGAGGAUGCCGAGCAGGGCGUCGAGGAAGCGCUGCUGUUGCAGGGCCAGCUCACACGCAAGAUCGUGAAGCAGACAGUCAUGACCAACGUGUAUGGCGUGACACUGAUUGGUGCCAAGGAGCAGAUCGCAGCGCGACUGCGCGAGGUCAAGGACGAGCAUGGGCAGCACGCGUUUGAUGUGCUGAAGGUGUCCAAGCUGGCGAUGUAUGUGGCGAAGAAGAUUUUCGAGUCGCUGGGCGAGAUGUUCACGCAGGCGCAGCAAAUCCAGAACUGGCUCAACGAGUCGGCGCGGCGGAUUGCUAAGAGUAUGCCAGCGUCGGCGCUAGCAGCAUGGCGCAGCAUGCCGAUGACGACAGUCGUGUGGACGACGCCGCUGGGCCUGACGGUUGUGCAGCCGUACCGCCGGCUGGUUACGCGCAACGUGGCCACCAGCCUGCAGCACAUCGCCGUGCAGGACGCCAACAUGCCAGCGCCAGUCAACUCGCAGAAGCAGAAGACGGCGUUCCCGCCGAACUUUGUGCAUUCGCUGGAUGCCUCGCACAUGAUCCUGUCGGCCAUCGAGUGCAAGAAGGCGGACCUUGUCUUUGCAUCGGUGCACGACUCGUACUGGACGCACGCGUGCGAUGUCGACAAAAUGAAUAUGAUUCUGCGGGACCAGUUUGUGCAGCUGCACACGCGCGACAUCAUGGGCAGUCUGAAGAGCGAGUUUGAGGAGCGCUACAAGGACAACAAGAUGCCGGUUGUG